AUGAGCGGCACUAUCAAGGCCAUCGACAAAGCCUCCAUCCACCAUAUUCACUCCGGCCAGGUCAUUCAGAAUUUGCAGGGGGCCAUCAAAGAACUGGUAGAGAACAGCUUGGACGCAGGGGCUACCUCUGUUGAUGUCAAGAUCAAGGACAACGGGCUGGAUACCAUCGAAGUCUGGGAUAAUGGCUCGGGCAUAGCAGAGGCCGACUGGGAGAGCAUUGGUAUGCGACACCAUACGUCGAAGCUGCCAUCCUUGGAGGAGCUGUACAAGGUCACCACAUUCGGCUUUCGUGGAGAGGCUCUGUCCGCGCUCUGUUCUCUUUGCUCCUCAGUCAAGAUCAUCACAGCCACCAAGGAGCUCUUGCCUAUGGCGGCCGUUCUCGAGCUGGGCAAGGAUGGCAAGGUAGUGGAUCAUUCAGGACGGACGGCUCGGACGCGUGGCACGACUGUUAUUCUCACUGGUCUUCUCACACCUCUUGCGGUCCGCAGAAAAGAAUUCGAGAGGAACGUCAAGAAGGAAGUGGCCAAAGCGCUCACGCUGUUGACGGCCUACGCCCUCGUCCCAGCUUCCGUUUCUCUGAAGGACGGGAGGACAGGCGUUCGUUUAAAGGUCGAGAUAAUUGGAGGUGGUCGUUCAUCCAAACGCAACACGCAACUGGCCACCGACGGGAAAGGGUCUUUACGGUCAGCAGUGGGGGCGGUAUGGGGACCGAGAGCAUUGGAGGGAGUGAAUGACGUGGAUCUUGACCUGGAAGUUGAGAUAGACAAGAACAUGGCUCGGCGGGAGGGUAUCACUGAAAAAUCGCAGACCGUCAAGGUCCGAGGUCUGAUAUCCUCGGCCCAAUGGGGUCAAGGUCGGUCCAGUGCGGAUCGACAAUUCUAUUACAUCAAUGGUCGGCCAUGUAACCUCAACUCUGUGGCCAAGGCCGUCAAUGAAGUUUACAAGAGUUUCAAUACCAACCAGUUGCCCCUGGUCAUUCUCGAUUUCCAGAUCCCACCCCAAAGCGUCGACAUCAACGUAUCACCCGACAAAAGGACGAUCUUUGUGCACAGUGAGGAUAGGCUCAUCGAAUCGCUCAAGGCGGCUCUCGAUGCCUUCUUCCAGCCCGCUAGAAACACCUUUACUGUAGAAGGUGCGACACAAACGGUGAAGAGCAUUCGACACGUCCAAUCGCAACUCUCUUUGGGCAAGGAGCAGGCUCCGGUCGCCGCGGAGGAGGAAAGCCAGGAUAAGGACGACGAGGAUCAGUCUCGCUCGCAAACACCGGUCGACGAGGGUCAGGGCGAAUCGAAGCCAGUGACGCAAAAGCAGGCGUCUGCUUCGAUACCAUCAAGUCGCCGAGCUUCCCGAUCUGUCGUGAAUGCGGCACCCGACACCGAGGCUGACGAAGACGACUCUAUGGAGAUCACCAUGACUCCGAUUGCAACUUCACCAACACUUGUUUCAUCAUCAUCUCGCCGAGCCCCCACUUCGUCCUCUACUCCUUCACGGGCUUCAAGAGUCGUCCAGCAAACUCUGAACACAUCGCAAGCGUCGUGGAGUCCCGAGAAGAAGGCGUCUCAGACCACGAGCGCUGGCAAAGGUAGACGGUUGGACGCAAAAGAGACGAGAUUGAACUUGAGGGAAAAGUUGACGGCCUAUGCCAGACAAAGGCCAGUCGUCAGAGCUGCGAGCGAAGAGGAGGCAGAUGAGGGUGGUGCCGACGAUGACCAUGAGGAGGGGAUCGCCGGCGAAGGAAACGUGUCUGAAGCGGAUGAUGCCAAGGAGCAAGGAGAUCGUAUCGAAGUUGAAGACGAGGAUGAGGUAAUGCCAGAAGAGAGUGAAGGCGAGCCAGAAGUGCUAACCGCCGAGGACCAGGAUGAGGAACUGCCAGCGGUAGAUGUAGAAGAAGACGAGCCUCAGGCGAUCGAGGUGGAUAGUGAAACCGAGAUCUCACAACCAAAAGCCACUUCUAGGAGAAGUCAACCUGUGUUUGAAGACGAAAGCCCCGUGGCGAGUACCUCUGCUCUUCCUUUUCGGCGAUCGUCCAAACGUUUAUCACCCGUUCCAAUGCCACCUCCCCAGCAAAAGCCCUCCUCACGUCGCCGAAGACGCGAGUCCGAGUCGUCUCCACAGCUAUCCAAAGAGAUGAUAGAAACACAAGCCUCUGACGACGAGGCAGACUCGCCGCAGCCCUUGAGAGAAUCACCUCGACCGCCAUCCACGUCCAGACCCAGCCUGGCCAAAAGUCAAAAGUCAAGUGGCGCAUAUCGAGACGAGAUCAUCUCUACGGCUCCGCAAGGCGAAGUCACCAUGCGCUUCGACGUCUCCCGUCUUCGUGCUCGAAUCAACGCCAAACGCACAAGUAGAGACACCGUCAAAGCGUCACGCGACGCUUUCACCGCAGUCACGCAAGGCGGCCUGGCCAAUGCUGCUGGUAUAGCCAACAAAGAUGCCGAGCUCGCAGAAGAAGCACUCUCCAGAGUCAUCUCUAAAGAAGACUUUGAAAAGAUGCAGGUGUUGGGGCAGUACAACAAGGGUUUCAUCAUCGCGCGCCUGAUAGGGAAGCAUGAGAAGGGGAAGCGGACCGAUGACUUGUUCAUCAUUGACCAGCACGCAUCGGACGAAAAGUACAACUUUGAGACUUUGCAGCAGACUACCAAGAUCAAGGGCCAGGCUCUGAUCAGACCUCGACCAUUGCAGCUCACGGCUAGCGACGAGAUCGUGGCCAUGGAAAACAUGCCUAUACUCAACGCUAAUGGCUUUGAUGUACUUGUUGACGAAGAUAAACCCGCAGGCCGCGGGGAGCGAAUCAGUCUGAAAGCUAUGCCGGUCAGCAAGGACACCACAUUCGACUUUAGAGAUCUGGAGCAACUUUUGCACCUGCUUUCCGACAAUUCCAGACCUUCCGGUCAGAUGGUCAGAUGCAGCAAAGCGCGAGCCAUGUUUGCAAGCCGAGCUUGCCGAAAGAGUGUAAUGAUCGGCAAGGCUCUCACCAAGAACCAAAUGUCGCAACUGUUGCGCAACAUGGCCACUAUCGAUCAACCAUGGAAUUGUCCACACGGCCGGCCCACCAUGAGGCAUCUGUUCAAGCUCGACCCGCCCGCCAAGCCCAGAAGCGGGAGAGGAAGGAUCGACUGGCUGUCAUGGAAAGAGCAUUUGGCUUAG